UUGAGAUUUUUUUUGUCGCCAUCUACAGUAGUAAGUCGAGAGAAAGUGAAGGUUACUUUCAUGAACAAAAGUGUAUGCUAGGUAGCUGCGUCUAUCAUUAUAAACCGAACUUUUUCAUUGGCCAAAGUCUACGUUUCAGAUCCUGUGUUGUUGUGUGGCUGAGGUCAGGACUAUCUGAGGACCAUGAGUUGCGUUCCCCUGCAGCAGCAGCAGAGCUGUGGCUCCUGGGAGCUGAAGGAACGCCUGGGGACCGGGGGCUUCGGGAACGUCACCCGAUGGCAGAACAAGGACACAGAGGAGCAGAUAGCCAUUAAGCAGUGUCGUCAGGAGCUGAGUGAGAGGAACAGAGAACGCUGGUGUCUGGAAAUACAGAUAAUGAAGAGACUGGACCAUGUGAACGUGGUAGCAGCGAGGGAGGUUCCUGAAGGACUGCAGUCCUCCUUACGCAUCCACGAUCUACCUCUACUGGCCAUGGAGUACUGUCAGGGAGGUGACCUGAGGAAGUAUCUGAACGUGUUGGAGAACUGCUGUGGAAUGAGGGAGGGUUCCAUCCUUAUUCUGCUACGGGACAUAUCCUCUGCUCUGACCUACCUCCAUAAGAAGAGGAUCAUCCACAGAGAUCUAAAGCCAGAGAACAUCGUCCUACAGCAGGGAGAGAAGAGAUUGAUCCAUAAGAUCAUAGAUCUGGGCUAUGCCAAGGAACUGGACCAGAACAGUCUGUGUACCUCAUUCGUUGGAACACUGCAAUACCUGGCUCCAGAGCUCUUGGAGAGACAGAAGUAUACAGUGACCGUGGAUUAUUGGAGCUUUGGAACAUUGGUGUUUGAGUGCAUUACUGGGUUCCGCCCCUUCCUGCCAACCUGGCAACCCGUGCCCUGGCAUAAUAAGGUGAAGUUGAAGCAGGAUCAUGACAUUGUGGUUUAUGAGGACCUGACAGGGGAGGUGCGCUUCUCUAAACACCUGCCCCAGCCCAACAACCUCAACACUCUGUUGUUGGGCCGUCUAGAGAGCUGGCUGCAGCUGAUGCUGAGGUGGUCUCCCCAGGAGAGAGGCAAGGCAGACCCCCAGACCACCUCCUCAGACUGCUUCUCUCAGCUAGAGACUAUACUGGGGCUGAAGCUGGUUCACGUAUUGAACAUGGUGUCUGCUAAAAUCUUCACCUACUCUGUCUCGGCCAAUGAGAGCGUGGCUGAUCUGCAGCAGCGAAUCGGGUGUGACACCAACAUCCCUCCAGCAAAUCAAGAGCUACUGUUGGAGGCAGGACUAGCUCUGGAGCCACAGGGCGAGGCGGGGCAGUGUGCCAUCGACUACACUGAGAUAGACGGGAGGAGGACAGACCUUCCUCUGGUGUUUCUGUUUGACCGUUCCUCCUGCAGCUACGAGCCCCAGUUCACCCCCCGCAAAAUGCCAGAGAACAUACGCUUUGUCCAGACGGACCCUAAGCACGUGUUGACCUACAGUCCUCUGAGGAGGACCUGGGGCCAGGCCUGGGACACCAUCCGCACCCUGAAGGAGGAUUGGCAGAGGUUACAGCAGGGACAGAAAGCUGCCCUUAUGAGUUUGCUGAGACACAACAGCUCCCUGUCGAAGCAGAAGAAUGAGAUGGUGUCUAUGAACCAGAGGCUGACGGCCAAACUAGACUUCUUCUCUACCAGCCUGCACAUAGACAUGGACAAAUACCAGGAGCAGAGAGCUACAGGGAUAGCCUCUGAAAAGCUGCUGGGUGUGUGGAGGGAGAUGGAGCAGACUGCAGUCAGCUGUGGCCAGGCAGAGAGGGUGACAGAGCUGGAAGAGGAGAUGAUGCUCCUCCAGACAGACAUCGUGGACCUCCAGAGACAACCGUGGAGGAGUGGAGAGGCCCUGGACACACUUGAGGGGAAGGCCAUGGAGUUGUUCCGUAAGCUGAGAGAGAAACCCAGAGACCAGAGGUGUGGGGGGGACAGUCAGGAGGUAGUGCGUCUGGUGGUCCAGGCAGUCCAGUUCUACGAGAGGAAACUCAAAGACUUCUACACACACCUCAGUAAAACAGUGGUGUGUCGUCAGCGUGUGCUGGAGCUGCUACCCCGUGUAGAGGGCGUGGUACAGAGGAUGGCUGAGAGUGAACAGGUCCUGAUGAAUCUACAGGAGAGACGACAAAAGGAACUAUGGAACCUGCUUAAAGUAGCCUGUAGUAAGGUGCGCAGCCCGGUGAGUGGGAGUCCUGUGGAUGCGGGACGUUCUUCCUCCUCCGUUCCCCCUCUACUGACCCCCAGACCCAGCCUACAGCAGCUGGAUGAGUCUCUAUUGGUGAUCGAGGAGAGCAGGACGUUUGAGAGUCGACUACAGAGCCUGCUACAGGAGACCAUCCAGGAGUCGGAGAGCGAUAUGCAGUUGCUGAGAGAGUGGACGUGGCUGAGUGAAAGACAGGACCUUUCCUCUGAUCUUUCCUGAUUCUACUGGUUCCCUCGGAGGAGGCAGGAGUUUCCCCUAGCUACUGAUACAGGGUCAGAUAUGAUGUCAUCCCCAUAAUUGUCAUGUUAAGGAUUGGAGUUAGAGUAAUCUGAUCCUAGACCUGAGGUUAAGGGACGAUUCUGUCUCAAGCUGAUGUCAAACAGAAGAGCCGUCCCAUUCCAGACCCCCUGUUGUGGUCCUCUGCUGCUGCUGUGUGGUAGGGAAGACUUGCUGCAACAGAGUGCAUCGCACAAUUUGACAUUGACUCUUGGGGGUGGCCCAAAAAUAAUGGAUUGAGCCAACAUUGAUAUUUUCCAGGCUCAUUGGGGUGCCUACAUUAACAUGCGCAAUACCGCUGUAAUCUAUAUCCUGGUGUAUUGGAGUCAUCUAAUCCUGCUCUAAAGGGUGUAGGUUUGAAUGAGGAAAAUGGAUGUUGACCACUGGCAUAGCUGUAUUUCAAAAUCAAAACCAGUAAUCUCACUGGUUGUCCUCCUCACUAAAGUCCUGGUGGUACUGGUUCUAAAAAAGUCUGGUCUGGACCCUGGUGAUGAUUCCUAAUCUUUCAAAUGUUUUUUUAUGCUUGCCACAAAAUAUUCUCUGACCAAGGUUUUAGCUGUAGCUUGUAUAUUCAGUUACCAUACUCAGGGUUCUCCCCAAAAAAUUUAAAAGAGGCGCUGCGCCCCCCUUAUGGACUGGCUGUGCCACUAUGUAAAAACAUAAAUAUUUUGUACUUUAUUUGUUAUCAUAUAGGGCACAUUUUUGCUCUAGAUUGCAGGAAAUGGCAGUUACAGGUGUUAAAAAACGCAAAAAUCUUUGAGUCCAAGGUUGGCACUGCCCCCCUCCGGGCCUCCCCCAGCUGUACUCGGCAGCACCACCUUGUUAAAAAAUCCUGGGGAGAACCCUGCAUACUGUAACAGUUAGUAGAACCGGGCUUUUGGGGGAAAACGUUUUAGAAACUGUACAUUUUAUAAUGCCUUAUGCUGGAGCUCUACAGUGGGGAAAAAAAGUAU